UUUUCCUGUUUUUGAUCGUCGAGAGGGAAUAACUGGGAAAGGGGAAGGAAGCAAAUGCACUCACUGAAACCUCCCCUAGCAAUGAAAAGACCAAGACCGCCUUCGCCACCACCGCUCUCCCCCGCCUCCACCAAACAGACAUCUCCUCCGCCGCGGCCACUUAAAUCCCUCCACCCCAAUACCCCACCAAUCUCCUCCAAGAAGCCUAAAUCCCACCCCAAAUGGGUGCCACUCAACCUCUCCCAGACCGAACUCUCCCUUCCCCUCACUUUCCCCACCGGCCAAACCUUCCGCUGGAAACAAACAGGCCCUCUUCAGUACACCGGCACCAUCGGACCCCAUUUGCUAUCCCUCAAGCACCUCCAAAACGGCGACGUUUCUUACUUCAUCCACUUCACCCCUUCCGAAUCGGCUGCCAAGCUGGCCCUCCUCGAUUUCCUCAACGUGAGCAUUUCCUUGGCCAAUCUCUGGGAGGUUUUCUCCGAGAAUGACUCCAGGUUUGCCGAGCUAGCCAAGUAUUUGAAGGGUGCUCGGGUUUUGAGGCAGGACCCGGUUGAGUGCUUGGUUCAGUUCCUUUGUUCUUCUAAUAAUAAUAUCGGGAGGAUUACUAAAAUGGUGGAUUUCAUUUCCUCUUUGGGUACUCAUUUGGGCAGUGUUGGUGGGUUUGACUUUCAUGAGUUCCCUUCAUUGGAACGUUUAUCUGCUGUCUCUGAGGAAGAGCUUAGACAGGCUGGUUUUGGUUACAGGGCUAAGUACAUUACUGGCACAGUUGAUGUUUUGCAAUCAAAACCGGAUGGAGGUGCUCAAUGGCUUCUCUCUCUUCGUAAAUUGGAUCUUCAAGAGGCCAUUGAUGCUCUAUGUUCUUUGCCUGGAGUUGGUCCCAAGGUAGCGGCAUGUAUUGCUCUCUUCUCUCUCGAUCAGCACCAUGCCAUUCCGGUUGACACGCAUGUGUGGCAGAUUGCUACAAAGUACCUCCUUCCUGAGCUAGCCGGUGCCCGUUUGACACCUAAGCUUUGCAGCCGUGUGGCAGAGGCAUUUGUAAGCAAAUAUGGGGAGUAUGCUGGGUGGGCUCAGACGCUCCUUUUUAUCGCUGAUUUACCUUCACAAAAGGCCCUCUUACCAUCCCACUUUUGGGAUAUUAAAGAGAAAAAAUCUGCCAAAAUUGAAGACAGUAACAGUUGCAAUAUCGAUGGAAACUACAGUUGAAAUCGCCAAAACGUUUUCCAUUCGAGAUUAGAUAUUUGAACUUUAUCAUCAAGUAGCCUUUGCCAUUGGCUCAUUGUUUUUCCAAGAGCAAGAUCUAAAGAUGAUACCUCUCUCAACCUCCGAAUGCUAGAAGCUUGCCUGAAAUUCCUUGUCUCGGGAUGAUUAAUUUGGAGAUAACAUCAACGGUGGUUGGACUUGUGCACCUUGCUGCAGUAGGGGGGACAAACCAGGUGGCCUCGACAAGUUGCUGUUAUAACCAUGCUCCCAACUUGCCAGGUAUUUUUUUUUCUAUAUUUUUCAUACUUUUGGCAAGCAUUUCGGCAAACUGUUCGAACAUUAGGAAUCGGAUGGCUACAACUUAAUCUUAAUAUAAUAGUAAUUGAUUGGAUAGUCCACUGUUGUAUUUUUAUCACAUUAGGUUUUCUAAUGUAACAUUUUGAAUUUGAUUAAGCUGGCUGGUUGUUGUUUGAGUCA